AGAAGGAAAGGUAUAUGUAUAAGUAGUUUUUCAAUGUAUCGUCGUUAAUUAUUCAUGAGUAGGCGUCUCUCCAAAGUUCGUUUAAAAAUGCAUAAAUCACGCAAGUCGGUUACACUUUUUUUUUAAGCAGGCCACGUGAAAACACGUAUAAUAAAACCAAUCUUUUUUCACAGAUAGAAACUUCAAAAAGUUUUAAAAGAAAGUUAUAAAACUAACUUUAGAACAAAGUUUAGAAGCGCUAUCUCAGGCCUUGCUGUAAAUAGCUACUUAAUUAUUCAUGAGUAGGUGUGUCUCCCAGAGGUCCCUUAUUCCUCAUACAAAAAGUGCAUGUAAACUACGCUUGACAGACGCAGGCUGGAGGAGCACAUGGCGGCGACUGAGACGAGUGUGAGCCCGGCGGUGGAGUCGGUUGUGCCGGCUUGUAUGUUUGCACCUGACCCGGGCUGCGCGGAGGAUUCACCCGGCGCUGAGUACAGCGACGCCGGCGACAACCAGAACGGGGAAGCCGAGGAUCAUUUAGACCUCACCAGCAAGUUUGCACUGGUCAGCCCUACAGGAGAGCAGUAUGAGUGUUUACAAAAGCAGCUGCGCGAACGAAUAGAGGAAGGAUGUGGAGAAACCAUCUAUGUGGUCGGCGUUGGAACAGACGGUGGUGAUUACGGUCUGGAUGAGCGGGAUAUGGAAGCAUCUGUCGCUACAGUGCAGUCACUUUGCGAACAGGUUGACGCCGACCUGAUUCUGCUGAGAGAGAGGACGGAGACAGCAGGACAUGUCCACGAUUAUCUCAUCCGACGGCGAGUGGGAGAGGCGGACUUUCUGGAAGUCAGAGUUGCAGUCGUAGGUAACGUCGACGCUGGUAAAAGCACACUUUUGGGUGUCCUAACUCACGGUGAACUCGACAACGGUCGUGGAUUCGCCCGCCAGAAACUGUUCCGCCACAAACACGAGAUGGAGAGCGGCCGGACCAGUAGCGUCGGCAACGACAUCCUGGGUUUCGACCAGGAAGGGCAGGUGGUCAACAAACCGGACAGCCAUGGUGGCAGCCUGGACUGGACCAAAAUCUGCGAGAGGUCGUCGAAGGUCAUCACUUUUAUUGAUUUGGCGGGGCACGAGAAGUACCUGAAGACUACCGUAUUUGGAAUGACCGGCCACCUGCCGGAUUUCUGCAUGCUAAUGGUGGGAAGUAACGCGGGAAUCAUUGGCAUGACUAAAGAGCACCUCGGGCUCGCUCUGGCUCUCAACGUUCCUGUUUUUGUAGUCGUAACUAAGAUAGACAUGUGUCCCGCUAACAUCCUACAAGAGACGUUAAAGUUAUUACAGAGGUUACUAAAGUCUCCAGGAUGCAGAAAAAUUCCAGUUUUGGUGCAAAACAAGGAUGACGUCAUUGUUACGGCCUCAAACUUCAGCUCUGAGAGGAUGUGUCCGAUUUUCCAGAUCUCGAAUGUGACAGGUGAAAACAUGGACUUGUUGAAAAUGUUCCUGAACCUGCUCUCUCCCAGACUGACGUUUAAAGAUGACGAGCCGCCGGAGUUUCAGAUUGACGACACGUAUUCAGUGCCGGGUGUAGGUACCGUAGUAUCAGGGACUACUUUACGUGGAUUGAUACGGCUGAAUGACACGCUGCUCCUCGGUCCAGAUCCCCUGGGCGUCUUCAUCCCCAUCGCCGUCAAAUCCAUUCAUCGCAAGCGUAUGCCUGUUAAAGAAGUGCGCGGCGGGCAGACGGCCUCGUUCGCCCUGAAGAAGAUCAAGCGCUCGUCGAUCAGGAAGGGGAUGGUGAUGGUGUCGCCCCGCCUCAACCCACAGGCAUGCUGGGAGUUUGAGGCCGAGAUUCUCGUACUGCACCAUCCAACGACGAUAUCGCCGAGAUACCAAGCUAUGGUUCACUGUGGCAGUAUCAGACAGACGGCCACCAUCAUCGGCAUGAACAAAGACUGUUUACGGACAGGGGACAAAGCCACCGUUCACUUCCGCUUCAUCAAGACCCCCGAGUACCUUCACACGGACCAGAGACUCGUCUUCAGAGAGGGCAGGACCAAGGCCGUGGGCACCAUCAUUAAGCUGCUUCAAAGCAAGCCUCAGGCCAAGAUGCAGUCUACCAAAAAAACCUCGUCACAGGUGGAGGGCUCUUCAACCGCCAGCGAGGAACCCACACAGAUGGGAGGAAGCCCUCAAAUGGGACAAAUGUUGAAGUCUGGUGGAAGCGGUCGUCGGCGUGGCGGCCAGCGGCACAAAGGCAAAUCAGCACUGAGCAGCACUGGAACAACUACUUCAGCAGCUGGAGUGGGCGGCAACUGAGCUUCCACCAGCUCGCUCACCCAUCACUACUGGUCAGCUGCCUUUAACAUUUCAAGUGAACACCAGAGGGCAGUAAAGCCUUUUUUGUCUUUCUCUCAUCUUUUUUUUGUUUUUUUUUUCCUCUCUCACUAAACCGGACUGAGCUAUUUCUCCCUAAUUAGAAACGUUCAUCUCCACUGACACAAUCGUGCCAAAACCCUGACUGACAAGCAGCUGUUGUGUUCCUCGUCCACCCGCUCUUUUUUUUUUUUUUUUUUUUCCCUCACCCUUAUCAAGCCCUUUUACUUAAUAUUCUGUCAGCCCUUGGAGUCUCAACAUCCUGUAAUAAACACCCCGAAAUCCCGGAUUUUGUAGCCGGAAUGUUUCCCCGAGGACCCAAUUAAGGAGCCUACAACUGAAUCCCUGUUUGUGUUCAGCGAUUUUGCUAUUUUUCAUGUCAUUUUCCUCCUUCAAUUGAAUUUGGCAAAUGCUAACACAGAUGAAAGGGAGAAAUCUGUUCUGCUUGUCAAUCUCUCAUGCCCCCUCAUCCUCUUCUGAUUUUAAUGAGCGUCGUAGCUGCAAAGACGCGCAAAAUCACGGCAGAUAAAACCGGUCCCUCUCAGAGCGUCACAAAUUAGGUGGCUUUCUGCUCUGUCCCGUGUUGCUUUUUCAUUUCGUGACCCGGCAUUACUUUCAAAAGGUCUCACCAUUUCAGUGGAGGGAUUUUUUUUUUUUUUUGGUGUAGAAUGGAAAGCUAACCGAGAUGACGUGGCAUUUAGUUAGGAUUUCUGUGGUCACUUUCCCAUUAAACCUUAUUUUAUGUCUAUUCUUAUUUAUUCUAGACUCUUUUAAUUGAAUUUUCAUGUGCGAGACGCUUUUGACCCAUUCAGAGCAAGAGCAGACCUUAAAUAAAUUCUAAUAAAAUGACUAAUUCACCCAAAUAUUACAACUCUGCCAUCAUUUAUACACCACCAUAAUGAUCCAAACCAGUAUGACUGUUUCGGUAUGAGUUGCUCUUUUCUGUGGAAGCCCAUUUUUGCCACUGAAUAAAAAAAAAAAAAAGGUAUUGUGAGUGACUUCUUAUCUCUCAGUUCUGAUUUUGAGAGAUAUUUUAUUUUUUUUAUUUUUUUUCAGAAUUGUGUGAUAUUAACUCAAGAUUCUAACACUUUUUCUAAGGAAUGUGACAUACAAACUCACAAUUGCGAGUUAUAUAGUCAAAAUGGUGAAAUAUAAACUAACAAUUGCGAGAAAACUUGGAAUUGCAAGAUAAAACCUCACUAUUCUGACUUUAUCGCAAAUCCAAUUUUGUAUCUCGCAGUUUUCUUACAAUUCUGAUUUUUUUCACUUAUAUUUAAGUCAUUACUUACUAAAAUAACUUUUACAAAUACACAGGUAUUUCACCAAUAUUUAUUUCAUUAUUUACUGAAAUAACUUUCACAGAUAAACCGAUAUUUCACAGAUAUUUAAGUCAUUACUUAUUAAAAUAACUUUCACAGAUAAACCGAUAUUUCACCAAUAUUUAAGUCAUUAUUUACCAAAAUUCUUCUCCAACUGUUAAGUGUUGGUAGUGUUGUUAUUUCACCAAUAUUUUAGUCAUUAUUUACUGAAAUAACUUUCACAGAUAAACUGAUAAUUCUCCAACAUUUAAGUCAUUAUUUACUGAAAUAACUUUCACAGAUACACUGAUAUUUCACGGAUAUUUAAGUCAUUAUUUACUGAAAUAACUUUCACAGAUACACCGAUAUUUCACGGAUAUUUAAGUCAUUAUUUACAGAAAUUCUUCUCCAACUGUUAAUUGUUGGUAGCAUUGUUAUUUUACUGAUAUUUUAGUCAUUAUUUACUGAAAUGGGUUUCACAGAUAAACCGAUAUUUCACGGAUAUUUAAGUCAUUACUUAUUAAAAUAACUUUCACAGAUAAACCGAUAAUUCACCAAUAUUUAAGUCAUUAUUUACCAAAAUUCUUCUCCAACUGUUAAUUGUUGGUAGCAUUGUUAUUUUACUGAUAUUUUAGUCAUUAUUUACUGAAAUAAGUUUCACAGAUAAACCGAUAUUUCACGGAUAUUUAAGUCAUUACUUACUGAAAUAACUUUCACAGAUAUACAGAUAUUUCACCGAUAUUUAGGUCAGUAUUUAUUGAAAUUACUUUAACAGGUUAACUCGAUAUUUCACUGAUAUUUAAGUCAUUAUUUACUGAAAUAACUUUCACAGAUAAGCCAAUAUUUCACCAAUAUUUAAGUCAUUAUUUACUGAAAUAACUCUCACAGAUGAACCGAUAUUUCACCAAUAUUUAAGUCAUUAUUUACUGAAAUAACUCUCACAGAUAAACCGAUAUUUCACGGAUAUUUAAGUCAUUACUUACUAAAAUAACUUUCACAGAUAAACCAAUAUUUCACCAAUAUUUAAGUCAUUAUUUACUGAAAUAACUUUCACAGAUACACUGAUAUUUCACGGAUAUUUAAGUCAUUAUUUACUGAAAUAACUUUCACAGAUACACCGAUAUUUCACGGAUAUUUAAGUCAUUAUUUACAGAAAUUCUUCUCCAACUGUUAAUUGUUGGUAGCAUUGUUAUUUUACUGAUAUUUUAGUCAUUAUUUACUGAAAUAAGUUUCACAGAUAAACCGAUAUUUCACGGAUAUUUAAGUCAUUACUUAUUAAAAUAACUUUCACAGAUAAACCGAUAAUUCACCAAUAUUUAAGUCAUUAUUUACCAAAAUUCUUCUCCAACUGUUAAUUGUUGGUAGCAUUGUUAUUUUACUGAUAUUUUAGUCAUUAUUUACUGAAAUAAGUUUCACAGAUAAACCGAUAUUUCACAGAUAUUUAAGUCAUUACUUACUGAAAUAACUUUCACAGAUAUACAGAUAUUUCACCGAUAUUUAGGUCAGUAUUUACUGAAAUAACUUUCACAGAUAUACAGAUAUUUCACAGAUAUUUAAGUCAUUACUUACUGAAAUAACUUUUACAGAUAUACAGAUAUUUCACUGAUAUUUAGGUCAAUAUUUAUUGAAAUUACUUUCACAGGUUAACUCAAUAUUUCAACGAUAUUUAAGUCAUUAUUUACUGAAAUAACUUAAACAGAUAAAACAAUAUUUCACCAAUAUUUAAGUUAUUAUUUAUUGAAAUCAUUCUCCAACUGUUAACUGUUAAUAGCGAAUCAUUUAAAUGUGAUUGUGUGACAAUCACAUUUGUAUACAGAUUACCCCACAAUACAUAUCUCAUUAAUGUUACAGGGAGAUUUAGGGUGGACGGCAAGAUAUUUUGAGUAUAAUGGCUUUCAAGGACUUAAAAUGUACCAUAAACAUCAUAUGGGACCCACAUUUUAUGCUGCUUUUGAAGCUUAAGAACUUCAGUAGUCAGUGUAAUUAUGAAAAGAGCAACUGUUGCACAAAGGAAAGCAAGUCAUACAGGUUUGGAAAGACAUUAGGCUGAGUAAAAUAA